CCAGUCUUUUCCAAUCUUGUCAAUGACGUCAUCCCACUUGCAGUGUCCCUUUCCACUUCCGCAGAAAGAGACUUUCGCUUUCGAUCGCAGUCGGUCGUGAUUUCAUAGAGCUAGUAUUUGAGGCCAUCUAAACGGUUCUAAAGGAAUCUCUAAUUUACUGCACUAAGUUUCCGGAAUAUGGAAGAUCUACAGCCAAUCUCUGGUGCUGAACAAGCUACUUUCUGUGUAGAAUUGGCGAAACGACUUAACAUGCUGCGAAGGCAAGAUCAUUUAUGCGACGUAACUUUGGUGACGAAAGAUGACAAAGAAUUCAAAGCUCAUAGAAAUGUGCUUUCUGCAGCGAGCCCAUUCCUCUUGAAGCUUCUUCAGAGCGACAUGAAAGAGAAUCGAGAAGGGAUUGUUCGGUUUGAAGAGAUCUCGGGUGCUGUAAUGGAAGAUAUUUUGGAGUUCAUCUACACAGGAAGUGUCGAGAUAACUGAAGAGAAUUCCAAGGAUCUCAUCGCUGCAGCGAACUAUCUUGUCAUUCCGGGCUUGAAAACACUCUCUGGGCGAGUUUUAGAACGGCAGUUGUCCAAAUCAAAUUGCAUUUCAACUUUUUAUUUUGCUGAGAUGCACCAGUGCGACGAACUGAUCACCAACAACAGAAAGUUCAUCCACGCGAACUUUGCAUCUGUGGCAGAAAUGGAUGAAUUCUUAAACUUGGAAGCUAAAGAAGUCGAGAGGUGGAUUUCAAGUGACGACAUUUCCGUUGCUGUUGAAGCAGAUGUUUUCAAAAUCGUAUUAAAGUGGAUUGAACAAGACAAAAGCGAGCGAAAAGCAUGGUUUGAACAAUUGUUUCGUCACGUUCGACUGGCUUUCCUAUCGCGUGACUUUUUAACCGAUGUCGUGACAAACGAACUCGUGCAAGGAAAUUCUCGUUGUUUAUGGCUGGCUUCAGAUGCUAUAAGGCUGACGGCUUUUCCAGAGGAAGAAAAUAUUUCACAGUCCUCAAGAAAGGGGCUUGAGACCCGCGCCAUUGUUGCUUGUGGAGGGAAAUACACUUUCUGUUAUCUCCCAGAGAAAGAUGAAUGGAAACGUUUAGCAGACGGGUUGUCAGAGAGAAACGAGUAUACUCAAAUGAUAAACCCCCGUGAUCAGUUGUACGCCUUUCCAUCUGUUGGCAAGGCAGAGAGGUACGAUCCCGUUUUUGAUUGUUGGUCUACUCUGGAUCAUUUGGAGUGGCCCAGUGAAGAUCCUGCUAAAGUGACUGUCGUUAGAGGCGAAAUCUAUGCGAUAAAGGUCAACACAUCAACGAAAAAAUCCACUAUCAAAAGAUUCAAUGUCGAGCGGUGUUCAUGGCAGACUGUUCUCUCAUCUCAUAAGGGCUGCAGGGUACAUUCUUGUGUUGUUGCGGCUGGCAAUCAUCUGUAUGUUUGUGGUGGGAGGCUAGAGAAUGACUUCGUUAGGAAAUCUGAGAGAUUUGACACUGCAGAAAACAAAUGGGAAGAAAUCGCAAACAUGCAACAAGCAAGAGCUCGUGCUUUUGGUGUGGCAACUGAAGGAAAGAUUUUUUUGGCUGGUGGGAGGCAGCAUGCUGGAGGGCUCGGAAAGUGGUUGCAAACAUGUGAAAUGUACAAUAUUUCUACUAACGAAUGGCAGUCUAUUGGAAGUUUGAAAGUUCCUCGCGAAGAUGGCAGAAUGGUGUGUCUGAAGGGAACUCUCUAUGUGCUGGGUGGGACAGAUGACUCAUACCAAAGUAAACUGAGUGUCGAAUACUAUGAUCCUGCAGAGGACAAGUGGAUCGAGAAGACAACCAUACCAGUGAAAAGGAUCUCCAAGGACAAUAACAAUACAUUCACCGGCUGUGUGCUGAAACUCUCCAAAGGAGUACUAGACAAACUUGAUGUUAUUAAGGCCCGGUCCAAACGCCGCUCCACUCAUGUGCCGAACCAAACUUGAUUAAGUUCGACUU